AUGUCUGACAACAAUUGGAAAGAAAAUUUAAAUAUUCCUAAAAAGGAUACUAGACCACAAACCGAUGAUGUUCUUAAUACUCAAGGAAAAUCAUUUGAAGAAUUUAAUUUAAAGAGAGAAUUGUUGAUGGGUAUAUUUGAAGCUGGAUUUGAAAAACCUUCACCAAUUCAAGAAGAAUCCAUACCUAUGGCUUUAGCAGGGAGAGAUAUACUUGCGAGAGCUAAAAACGGUACAGGUAAAACUGCAUCAUUUAUAAUUCCAUGUUUACAAUUAGUUAAACCAAAAGUAAAUAAAAUUCAAGCAUUAAUAUUAGUUCCAACAAGAGAGUUGGCAUUACAAACUUCACAAGUUGUUAGAACAUUAGGAAAGCAUCUAGGAGUACAAUGUAUGGUUACUACUGGUGGUACCUCAUUAAGAGAUGAUAUUGUAAGAUUAAAUGAUCCAGUUCAUAUAUUAGUUGGAACUCCAGGUAGAGUAUUAGAUUUAGCAUCAAGAAAAGUAGCAGACUUAUCAGAAUGUCCAAUAUUUGUUAUGGAUGAAGCUGAUAAAAUGUUAUCAAGAGAAUUCAAAGGUAUUAUAGAACAAAUUUUAGAAUUUUUCCCAAAAAAUAGACAAGCUUUAUUAUUUUCGGCAACCUUCCCAGUAACGGUUAAAUAUUUUAUGCAAAAUCAUUUGAAUAAACCAUAUGAAAUUAAUCUUAUGGAUGAAUUAACUUUAAAAGGUAUAACUCAAUAUUAUGCAUUCGUAGAAGAAAAGCAAAAAUUGCAUUGUUUAAAUACAUUAUUUUCAAAAUUACAAAUCAAUCAAUCAAUCAUUUUCUGUAAUUCAACAAAUAGAGUAGAAUUAUUAGCCAAAAAAAUUACAGAAUUAGGAUAUUCAUGUUAUUAUUCUCAUGCUAAAAUGCCACAACAAGCAAGAAAUAAAGUAUUUCAUGAAUUCAGACAAGGUAAAGUUAGAAAUUUAGUAUGCUCAGAUUUAUUAACCAGAGGUAUUGAUAUUCAAGCAGUUAAUGUAGUUAUAAAUUUCGAUUUCCCAAAAACUGCUGAAACUUAUUUACAUAGAAUUGGUCGUUCAGGUAGAUUUGGUCAUUUAGGUUUAGCUAUAAAUUUAAUGUCAUGGAAAGAUAGAUUUGCUUUAUAUCAAAUCGAACAAGAAUUAGGUACCGAAAUUAAACCAAUCCCUGCUCAAAUUGAUCAAGCUUUAUAUGCUCCAAUUCAAGAUUAA